AAUGGCCCAAAUCAAACUGACGCUCGAUCACAUGAGCCGUGCUAUCGGAACGAAGCCUCUUGGUAGCCAUCUUGAUCGCACAGACUACCGACGUAUUUGAGGGUGUCUCUUUUCAACCGCUCAUAAAGCGGUGAUCGUUUCUCUUCUUCGAUUAUUAUUCCUGACGAUUCGGACGAGUUUUCACUAAGGAUGGCUACGGAAGGAAUUCAAAUGGGGUCGAACUACCCUGUUAAAGGAAAUUUGUUCGCUGAAAUUCAUAAACAGCUGGGGCUUAUGCCAGGUUUUAAGGGACUUGGACAGGAUAUGAGUAAGUUAGAUCAACAAACACAGACGCCCGGUAGUGCUUCUCCCUUGGAAAAGAUCAGACUAGAAUCUGAGGUUAUUGCAACUGAUGUUAUCAGCAGUUUUGGACUUGAAGAGUGUAAGAAACCUAUGGACAGAUAUUGCAAAACAAUGCGUAGAAAUGUUCAGGAAUUAUCAGACCGACAUGAGAUUGCAUUCAAGGGAAUGGUCAACAAGCUAAACGUUGACGAUUCAAAUGCUUUUCCAACAUUUGUGUCUGUGGUAGAUGAAAUUUUUGAGGAUGGACAAAUUAACUGGGGUAGAAUUGUUGCUGUUUACACAUUCGCAUCUCGGUUAGCAUUGCAUUGUCGCGUAAACACUCCAGAUUGUGAUGAAAGAAUAGCUUUGUAUGCAGGGAAAUAUGUUGCUAGCAAACUAGGGAGAUGGAUUCUUGAUAAUGGAGGAUGGGAUGCCUUUGCGGAUUAUUUCCCUGAACAGGGUGCAAUGGAAGACAAACUUUGGAAGGGAUUGGUCUAUACUGCCAUGGGCCUCGGAGCUUUAGCCACCAUGGUGGCCACAAGGUGACGGAGAAUGAAAGGAAAUGUUAAUGCAAGCAGAAGAAUGAUCUGGGGAAUGACUGGUGGUGUGGCAGUGUAGUGUUUGUGGGACGUGUGAACUUCAAUAGGAGGCUGUUUGACCAAAGACUAGUUAGCUUAACAUAUCUCCACUCAAAUAAUGGAGGGUGUCAUUAUCAUUCUUAACUUAUUUUUUAGUCACAUUUGUGUACAUGUAUGUACUUACGGAGUAACAUAAUAACAUCGAAAAUAAAUAUAUUAUUAAAAGUGGGCGCCAGAAUCACCAAAACCUAAGCCUUUACUUUCUUUUUACAUAAAGGGAGUAAGUUUUAAUCAUUUUCUCUUUACUAUUUGUUUCUAGCAGAUUUGCAAUAAAAAUAAUGACAAGUUAUAUUAACAAGUUUACUCUAAACAAAAGUAACAUUUCAGAAUGAAAUUUAAAUAGUUUCAUUCUGAAAUAACGUUGCUACAUAGCGAUUAGAUAGUAGUUAUCUGAUUUGAGCUUUGCUAUCCAUGCGGUAAUUAAUUGUUUCUGUUUUGCUCAAAACAUUUUUUAGUAUAUUAUUUAAGAUGCUUCAGCAAUCAUUCUCACUUAUAUGUAUAUAUCUUUUCUAAAAGAUAUUUGCAUUAACUAUUUUGCCUCUAUAAUUUCUAACGAAUGAUAUUGAUACAAUGAUGUUAGGUUGAUUCGCCUUUGAACUUUCGGCCUCCUUAAUCAGAGUGUGUAAUUUUAUGUGAACAUCAUAGAAGUGACUGGAUUUAUUCAGAUUUGAAAGAAUCAUUUGUGGAACUUUUUUCUAGUCAUCUUCAAACAAUUAUUCAUGUUUGGGGGUGGGGGUGAUGACUCGGCGUAUUCAUUGCAAAUAAUAUUGACUGGCAAAUGGGUCGAGUCUUCAGCAUAACGAGGGCUAAAAGCCAUAAAACGUGCUGAUGAUGCUGUAUAUUGAUUGACCUUUUGAAGAUUGCAAAUACAGAAGCUUUAGUAAAUAUUGCCCAUCUCACCUUGUUAGUAACCAAAGUAUCCGAACUCGAGAUCAUUACUGAAUUAAUACAAAAAGAUCUGAUAUAACAGGUGUUUUGGUCCAAUAUUUAAAGAAAAUCUAAAUACAAGAUCUGAUUAAUUACAAUUACUAGACUUUUGAAUUGUAAAAAUGUUUGAAUACUUUGCCAAAUACAGUUAUAAUACAGGGUAAGGUUGGGGAACACAUUGGAAUCUGUAUGUUACAGUAACUGAUCAGGUAAUAGCUCCUGAUUUUCAUGCAAGAAUCACGAUUGCUUGUUGUAUUCUGAAACAUGGGGUAGUGGCAUUAUCAAUGUUUUUAAUUACAAUUUUAUAGCAAAAUACGAUCUGUGGACAUGUGCAAUAGUGAUGUCAAGGUCUGUUGGCUACUCUUACCAGGGGCCAGUUAUUAUGUGAACAUUGGAAUUCUGUUGAUGAGGGCUUCGGUACUAAUUCAGAAAAAUUGUAGAAAGCAUGCCAUUUACAGAAAUUAAUUGUACUAGGUUGAAUUAUCUGUAAAUUAACACCAAUGUCAUGACUUGAUGGAUCUACUGCAGGGGUGUACACUAUACUUACCAGAUGCUGAAGUCUAGAAGUUUUUUUUAUUUCGAUACUAGAGAACAAUUUCAAUAUUUGCUUUGCAACUAUAUUGAAAUAGAAUCGUAGAAUUUCGUAAAAUCUGCCUUGUUGGCUGGCACUUUUGGAUAUUGGACACCCCGGCAUUGAUAUAAAUUCUGAUGAACUGUUUUUGAAGUACAUUUUAUUUUUUCCUGAAAGUGGUUUUCAGAAUUAAAUUUCACUUCACAUUUGAUUAAUCUGUAAUAAUUGAUAAUUUCUGUAAUUAUUUGAUUUUCUCUUUGAGAUCAAUUAGAAAUGACAAAAGGAGGUCAAUAUUUUUGCCCUUUUUCAAAAUAUUUUUUCUCCCAAAAAUCACAUGUCAUCAUAAACUAACAAAGAUAUCAUUAUAUAAAAUGAAUCGAAAUUUGUAAUACCUAAGUGUUUACUAUUGCCAGUUUUUAGUGCUACUUUACUUAGUAAAGUUUUGUUUAUUACGGAAAAACUGAAGUAUAAAGGAAGAAUGAUUCAUUUAUUGUACAUUUGAAUUGAAAUGUGAAGAUCGUAAAUACGUGCUGUGCUGACUACAUAUUGAAAUAUUGAGUUGAUUUGUUGGACAGCUUGAAUUUUCUUUGUUGAAUAUCAAUACUCAAAGUAAAUAAAGUAUUAAUAUUGUCAAAUUUCAUUGAAGCUCUUUGAUCUGUUAUGUUUACGAUGUGUAUCAUUAUAAUCAAAAUGCCCCAAAUUCAACUGUGUUAAGUACAUGUUGAAAUGUGGUAAAGGAUAAACAACAUGCUUACUUUUAUUAGAAUCCAAAUAAUUUUACAUACAUUGUAUAAACAUCUUUUUAUUCAAUUCAGAAACGACAUAUCCCAUGGUGUAAUAUUUUAGCAAGUGUACAAUUUAUCAAUUAUUUGAAAUAAAAAAUAAAACUUACAA